AGCGGUGAGAGACGUCAGUGGGCCAAGACUGUAAGGUAGCAUCCGUUAGCCAUUCGUCGGUGUUACACUGUAGGGUACGGUAGGAUAUAUCAAAUGUACCUUUAGUCUGAUAUGAUAAUAUAGUACAAUUCCUUUUAGCCACAUCCCAGGUAGAUGUUUAUGGAUUUCCAGAAGUUGACGUGUCUUUGAGCAGGACUUUCAGGUAACGUUACGAAAAUGCCACUGCAUGGUAAAUUAGUCGUGAUAAAGAGGAGUGGAGGAGAAGGGACAGAGUUGCCUCUCACUGCAACAUGCUUGUUUGGAAGGAGUUCUGAGUGCGAUAUUCGUAUCCAGCUUCCUCAAGUCUCCAAGGAGCAUUGCAGAAUUGCCUUGAAUGAAAAUAAAGAGGUCAUUUUGACAAAUUUGAGCUCUUCGUGUCCAACUCGUGUCAACGGAGAGACUUUGCUGCAGUCUGAGUGUUUGAAGCAUGGAGAUGUGAUAACUGUAUUUGAUCGUUCUUUCAGGUUUGAGGCCCCUCCACCACCCACACCAAAGAAGAGACCUGCCAAAACUGAAACCGUCAAAGUUCUUCAAGAUCAGCAAGUGGGGGACACAGUUGCCACUGAAACUGGAGAAAAAAAGAUCCCUGAAGUGUCCACAGACCCUCAUCUGAAAGAUGGAACUAACAAUGACAACAUCCAGCGAUCCCUGGAGAAGACUGUGGAGGUGGAGGCUAAGGGGGAUGAUAGCCUGCUGCAGAGCAAGACCGCUUCACCCUUCAGCGAUCUGUAUCAAAUGAUCAAACAAUCCCUGGAUGUCAAGACCCCUCGGAAAUCUUCUGCCAGCGUGCUUCAAACACCUACCUCAAGGUUUUGCACUCCAAAGCCUUAUUCAGUCAGGAAAAAUGAUGGAAAACCCGUCAUUUCCACAGAAGACAAAAGCACUCCUAAGAAGGAUGAAGCUAUAGUCCCUCCUGUGGCUGAUGAAACCAAGGGGGAGGCUGAAAAUGUAAGCAACGGGACCCCGAAGUCUGUUAAGAAGCAGAGGAGGUCCUUCCAGGUUCCUUCUACUGAGAUGGCCAAAUCUGAAGCUGAAAAUGCUGCCAAACCUGAAGAUGAAAAUGCUGCCAAGUCUGAAGCGACUUCCCCCCAGAAGAGAAGCCGUACACCCCCCAAGAGGUUUACUGCAGGUGAGGUUAUUGAGCAAAUUUCCGCAACGCCACCAGUGAGACGGAGAAGCAAGGAGGCCAAACCUGCGGUGACUGAGGAACAAGAAGAGCAAGCAGCUACUUCUCCCAAAACAGAUGGUCUUCGAAAGGCAUCACCAAGGAACUCUGGGAAAGUAGAAAAAGUGAAAGAGACGUCCAAAAAACGCAAAAGUGAAGAACUCGGGGCUGACCUGCCCGCACCAAAAAUAAAGAGGAAGCGGGUUUCCUUUGGAGGUUUCCUGUGUCCUGAGUUAUUUGACAAACGUCUGCCUCCUGACUCUCCACUAUGCAAAGGGGCCAGUCCACGGAGAAGCUUGGUUGUGUCUAAACCCAAUCAGUCACUGCUGAGACGAGCAUCAGUCAUUGGCUUGCUACAGGAGAAAAAAAUGAGGACUCCAUCACCUAAGAAGUCACCGAGUUCCAAGAAUGCGUCUCCUAAGACCCCAACACCUGGAAAGACAACACCGAAAUCCAGAUCCCCCUCUCCCAAGGCUGCAACUCCUGCAAAGAAGUCGCCAAAACCCAGGACCCCCUCUCCCAAGGCUGCAACUACUGCGAAGACGUCACCAAAACCCAGGACCCCCUCUCCCAAGGCUGCAACUACUGCGAAGAAGACACCAAAAUCCAAGAGUCCAUCUCCUGCAAGGGGAAGGUCUCCCACUGUCCAGACUCCCAAAGUACAAGGGCGCUUCUCUGUGUCACACAUCACCACACCGUCUCCAAUCGCAGAAGUUGAUGUUUCUGACCAGUUGCCUUCAGUCACUGAAUCACCUAAAAUAACCCAGAGGAGGAAGAGCACCUCACGGGAGACUCCAAGCACUGCAAAAGUAAUACGCAGAAGAAGUGGCAUUUCACGGGCAUCUAUGAAAGUCAAAAAUUCCUGGGCAGACAUUGUGAGAUUUGGACAAACUAAGGCUCAAGUGGCAGCUCCAGCUAAAAAAACAGUCACCAAAAAGACAACGAAGAAGACUGUGUCCAAACCACAGACCCCUGCAAUGAAACUCAAAGGCCUCGUCAGCACUGGACAUGCAGAUUCACCGGUUACCAUCGUUGUGGGCAGAGCUCACAAACUAACAGUUGUACAUCCAACUGGUGCCGCACCAAAAUUGGUCACCAAUGUUGCGCUCUUUAAAAAGAACAUGAAAAUGGACGAGGACUUGACUGGAAUUUCUGAAAUGUUAAAGACUCCUGUAAACCCAAGGAAGGGGAGAUCUGUAAUCAAUGAGAACAAUGCUGCAAAGACGCCAGCGGGCACAUCUGUGGUGGAACCAUCAGUGUUGAACACACCAGAGGAGCCAGGUGAGAUGAUGGUGUCUCCACUGAGUGUUUCGUCUGCAGUAAAAGACCGAAGCUACAACAGUGAGGCAGUCCAACGCCUCCUUGAUGAUGAUCAAGAGUCCAGCUUUGUCAGUGACACCCCUGCCCUGGAUGAUUCUAGCGAACAGCAGUGCCCAGAUUUGAAGACGACCUCUGUAACAACUCCCAAACAGAAACCAGAAUUGCCAGAGUGUCUCACUGGAGGGAAGAAGAUCAUGAAGACGCCAAGACAGAAGGCUGAAGCUGUUGAGGACCUGAGAGCGAAGAUUUUGAAAACUCCUAAGCAGAAACCAGAACAACAGGAGUGUCUCACUGGAGUGAAGAGGAUCAUGAAGACGCCAAGACAGAAAGCCGAGCCUGUUGAGGACCUGAGAGGGAAGAUUUUGAAAACUCCUAAGCAGAAGCCAGAACAACAGGAGUGUCUCACUGGAGUGAAGAGGAUGAUGGAGACUCCAAGACGGGGGGCUGAACCUGUAGAGGACAUCAAAGUGGAACUUCUGACAACUCCCAAACAGACGCCUGAACAACAAGAGUGCCUCACUGAAGUUGAGACAAUUUGUGAGACCCCACAACAGCAGUCUGCACCAGUGGAAGGCAUUGAGGGACUUCAAGAGCUCAUGGAGGAGCCAGUGACUGAACCCACAGGACAACUGGAGACACAUGAGAUUGCCGAUCAAACGCCUCUGGAUUGUGAUGAAGACGUAGCAAAAGAACUAGACUUUGCCCCCAAGGAGCAACAAGAUGAUGUGCCAUCAGAUGUCGUUGAUGAUGUUCCCCAAGUUGACAUGGAAAAAGAAGCAGAUGCAAAUGAAGUUGUCGUUGAUGACCACUUAAAGGAGGAGACAAGUGGGCACGAUGAUGAUGAAUCAUUAGAUGUCGUGGAAACUGCAGCUGUAGAGGACAAUUUAUCUGUGGAACAAACUAAAUUGGACACAGUAGAUGAGGGUGUGUCCGAAGAACAGCCUAAAGUGGACACAGUAGAGGAUGUGUCUGAAGAACAACCUAAAGUGGACACAGUAAAUGAGGACGUAUCUGAAGAACAACCUAAAGUGGACACUGUAGAUGAGGACGUGUCUGAAGAACAGCCUAAAGUGGAGACAGCAAAUGAGGAUGUGUCUGAAGAACAACCCAAAGAGGACACAGCAGAUGAGAAGUUAUCUGAAAAACAGCCCGAAGUGGACACCGUAGAUGUGGGUGUAUCUAAAGAACAGCCUAAAGUGGACAACGUAGAUGAGGACGUAUCUGAAGAACAGCCUAAAGUGGACACAGUAGAUGAGGACGUAUCUGAAGAACAGCCUAAAGUGGACACAAUAGAUGAGGACGUAUCUGAAGAACAGCCUAAAGUGGACACAGUAGAUGAGGACGUAUCUGAAGAACAGCCUAAAGUGGACACAGUAGAUGAGGACGUAUCUGAAGAACAGCCUAAAGUGGACACAGUAGAUGAGGACGUAUCUGAAGAACAACCUAAAGAGGAGACUACUACUGGCAACGUCACAGAAAUGGACACAACUGCCACAAAUCCUGUCCAUGAGAAGAAACUUGGUCGAGGCAGAAGGGCAAAACCAGUGGAGUCUAAAGCAGCUGAUGAUAAACAGGAGGCAGCAGAACACUCUGAAGAACUUGUCAUCCCUGCUCCAGUCAGAGGAAGAAGAGGCAAGAAAACUGAAGCUGCAGCACCACCCGCUGUUAGAAAACCAACAAGAGGCAAAAAUGCAAAGUCUCAAGAAAGCACCUCUGAUGAUCAACCUGAAAUCGAACCAGAGAAAACUGUGGAAACACUGGUGACUGAGGUUCCCUCUGAAGCUGUGAGUGAUCAGACGUCUCCAGUAAAAGAAAAUGCACCCCCUGCAGAGGAAGCUGUCGUGAAGCCUGUCAGAGGGAGGAAAACUAAACAAACACCUGUUGAGCCAGAGCCGGAAAAAAAUGAAGUUGCGAGUGAUGCUCAACCUGAACAGUCCAUUCCUGCUCUUGGAAAACCCAAAAGAGGGAGAAAGACCAAACCUGAUACUGUUGAACAAAAUGAGGUGGCAGAAGACGCAGUCGUCGCUGUGGAGACCAAGCAGCAGUCUCAGCCUCCAGUCAGGGCUAAGAGGGGAAGAAAUGCCAAACAGGAAGAAGAAUCAGUUGAGACUACUAAAUCCCAGGAGCCCGCUACAAAAUUAAGAAGAACCAGGAAGGCAGAGCAAAAUCAAGCUUCUGGAGAUCAAGCUGAAAUCGUCCAAGAGGUUAAAACUGAAAUGGUACCAGAACCUGAGAGAAUGGAAACUACUCCCCAGGCUCCUGUAACCGAGAGCCUGCCUGAAGUGGAGACGGCAACUUGCGAAGUCUCAGAAAUGGUUGCAGCUGUCGUUCAGAAGAAACCUGGUCGAGGCAAAAGGGCAAAACCAGUGGAGUCUAAAUCAGCUGAUGAUAAACAGGAGGCAGCAGAACACUCUGAAGAACUUGUCAUCCCUGCUCCGGUCAGAGGAAGAAGAGGGAAGAAAACUGAAGCUGCAGCACCACCCGCUGUUAGAAAAACAACAAGAGGCAGAAAUGCAAAGUCUCAAGAAAGCCCCUCUGAUGAUCAACCUGAAAUGGAACCAGAGAAAGUUGUGGAGGCACUGGUGACUGAGGUUCCCUUUGAAGCUGUGAGUGACCAGACAUCUCCAGUAAAAGAAAAUGAUUCUGCACCCCCUGCUGAGGAAGCUGUCGUGAAGCCCGUCAGAGGGAGGAAAACUAAACAAACACCUGUUGAGCUCCCUCAACCAGAGCCAGAGAACAAUGAAGCUGUGAAUGACGAGCCUCCAACAGAAGACGCUCAACUCCAAAAGUCCAUUCCUGCUCUUGGAAAACCCAAAAGAGGGAGAAAGGCCAAACCUGAUACUGUUGAACAAAAUGAGGUGGCAGAAGAUGCGGUCGUCGCUGUGGAAACCAAGCAGCAGUCUCAGCCUCCAGUCAGGGCUAGGAGGGGAAGAAAUGCCAAACAGGAAGAAGAAAAGUCUACUUCAGUCGAGACCAUUAAAUCCCAGGAGCCGGCUACAAAAUUAAGGAGAACCAGGAAGGCAGAGCCAAACCAAGUAGAACCAAGAGAAGAAGAAGUCAAAGCUGUUGAAACGGUUGUCCCAGAGGAGGCUGAAGCUCCAGUAGUUGCUGAACCAGUGAAAAUGACUGAACAGGCUACAAAACCCAAGAGAGGAGGGCGGAAAGCUAAACAAGAUCCUGAGAGUGAAACCCCUGUCGAAGAGGUCCCUGCCGUCAGCGCCACAGACAAACUCAAACGGGGUAGAAGAGGAAAACAAGCUACUGAAGAGGAUGCGGUCACUGCUGUAGUACCAGAGGAAAAACCUGAAGAGCUGGAGACUGAAGAGAAGAAUGAACCAGACACUCCAGUUAUUAAGCAAAGCAGGGCACGGGGGGCCAAAACUGCUGUGAAAAGCAAGGUUUCAGAAGCUGUUCCAGCCAAGAGAGUCCGUCGAGGUGCAGCAGGUGAAGAGACGAACGCAGAAUCCACAGUCCUGGUUUCAGAGCCUGUGUCAACUCCAGUAAAGCCAGCCAAAAAGGGGAGGCAGGCAGCAGCAAAGCCCACAGCUGAUUCAAGCAGUGCUGUGGUAGAAGACACAAAAACGUCUAAAAAAGCUGUCAAUUGGAAAGCAGACUUGGAAGACGUUGAGAUUCUAAAAGCAACACCUGUAAAGGCAGUUCGAGGUAGGAAGGCAAAACUUGGAGGCCAAGUCGACACUGAGAGCAAGGAGGCCGACAAAACUGAAGAGACGGAUCUCUCAGACAACGUUGUUGAAGCUCAGCCCGUCAAGAGAGCCAGGCGAGGGGCAAAGGUCGCUGACAAAGCAGAGGUGGAAAGUGUCGAGGCUGACGCUCAGCCGAAAACACGACGAGGAAGAACGGCAAAGAAAUAAAGGCAUUUGUGUAUAUAUAUAUUCUUAAUCCUUAUGACCUUUUCCUUUUUGUACUUGGUGUUUUUAUUAGGUUGUAUUGCAUUUUAGAAAGUCGUUUUCUAAACUGAAAAUUAAGCACUGCUUUUUUUUCAAUACCGCAGGGAAUCUUGUAUUAACCAUUUCAUUUGUGACAAGUUGUAUGUUGGUCAUUGCUGGUUUUACAAAUAUUUUUAUGGUGAAAAAAGUGAUUAUUAAAUUUUUUUUGUACAAUGAAAUAA